AUGGAGGCCAAAACAUUUUCUCUCUGUUUCUUCCUCUUUAUUUUUUUCUUAUCUCAAAUUUCGCUUUCAACUUCUAAAAGGUUCCUCAAAAACUCCUCCGUUUUCUCAUCGCCAGCGAGUUUGUCGAUCCAGAAUGCAGAGAGGCUUAUCAAGUCCUUCAAUCUAAUGCCUCAACAUAACGUCAAUCUCAUUCCAAAGGGAAGCUCUGAUGCUCCGAGACUUGUUGAGAGCCAAUUCGAUUUUUCAGCGUCCAUCCUUGCUGGAAACGCUUCCGGUGGUCCUUCAGUCCAAGAGUUUGGCCACUAUGCCGGUUACUACGCCCUCCCUCAUUCGAAAUCAGCCAAGAUGUUCUAUUUCUUCUUUGAGUCACGGAACAACAGUAGCGACCCGGUUGUGAUAUGGUUAUCCGGUGGACCGGGUUGUAGUAGCAGUGUGGCUCUGUUCUAUGAGAACGGUCCGUUCACGAUAUCAGAGGAUCUCUCUCUUUCUUGGAACGAUUUUGGUUGGGACAAGGUAUCCAAUUUAAUCUAUGUGGACCAACCAGUUGGGACUGGUUUCAGUUACACAUCAGACAGCAACGAUCUCCGACAGGACGAAACUGGUGUCAGCAAUGACCUCUACGAUUUCUUACAGGCUUUUUUCAAAGAACAUCCGAAAUUUGCAAAAAACGAUUUCUAUAUUACUGGUGAGUCCUACGCCGGUCACUACAUUCCAGCUUUGGCUUCACGAGUUCACAGUGGAAACAAGAAUAAUGAAGGAAUUCCAAUAAACCUUAAGGGUAUUGCGAUUGGUAAUGGUUUAACCAACCCGGAGAUCCAAUAUGGUGCAUAUGGAGAUUAUGCACUGGAAAUGAAGUUGAUCUCACAGUCCGAUCACGAGAGCCUCAAGCAAGAUUACAUUGACUGUCAAAGUUCCACCAAACAAUGCAACAAUAAUGGUGGUGAAGCGUGUGGUUCUGCUUAUGAUGUUUGCAACACCAUCUUCAACCUGAUUAUGAAUAAAAUAGAAGGCACAAAUUACUAUGACGUGAGAAAGAAAUGUGUGGGAAGCCAUUGCUAUGACUUUUCGAAGAUGGAAACAUUCUUGAACCAAGAAAACGUAAGAAAAGCUUUAGGAGUUGGAGAUAUCAAAUUUGUGUCGUGUAGUACCACAGUUUAUAAUGCAAUGAUGGAGGAUUGGAUGCUUAAUCUUGAGGUCAAGAUUCCGGCUCUUGUCGAAGAUGGAAUCAAUCUCCUUGUUUACGCCGGAGAAUAUGAUCUCAUUUGCAAUUGGCUUGGAAACUCUAGGUGGGUUGAGCAGAUGAAUUGGUCAGGCCAAAAGGAAUUUGGAUCAGCCAAGACAGUACCGUUCCUGGUAGAUGGCAAAGAAGCGGGUUUGAUGAAGAAUCACGGUUCUCUCACUUUUCUUAAGGUUCAUGACGCUGGACACAUGGUCCCGAUGGAUCAGCCCAAGGCUUCUUUGCAAAUGCUUCAGAAUUGGAUGCAAGGAAAGCUCGCUACUCCGAAUGGUGAAACAGUUCGUCAAUGA